AUGCUAACGCAUGGGCCGAAUUUCGGCAAGCGAAGCGAAUCUCGCUUCACCACCAAAGUACAUAUUCCGCCAGACCUGAGCGCUCAUGCUAAAAUGGAAAGACCUUUGACGACGAGCAAUGUUCCGAAGAAAUUUCUCAAAGCCUGUUUGAUGGUGGGCCAUGUUCCACUGAAGGCCUUGGCCUGCGAUCCACGCGUUUCCUACGCGCUCUACAUACCUCCGACCCGAUACGAUGCCGAUCCCAACCCGACCAAGCUCCCCUUGCUCGUCUGGGUUCAUGGCACAGGCAGAAAAUGGAACACACUCUACGAAGAUGGAAUGGUUUCUUUUGCCGAUCGCAUGCCAUGUGCGAUUCUCGCCCCGUUGUUUCCUGCCGGUUUGGAUGGUCCAAAUGAUUUGGAUUCCUACAAAAUGUUGCACUCAUCCUCGCUUCAAUCAGAUCAGGCCCUACUGGAGAUACUUGACGAGGUUUCAGUUCGCUGGCCAGGGAUCCAUACAGACAAUUUUUUUCUUCACGGUUUCUCUGGGGGUGGCCAAUUCGCUCACAGGUUUCUUUACCUCUAUCCGGAACGCCUAGCUGCUGUCAGUGUUGGAGCGCCGGGCAGGGUUACCGCGUUGAAUUUUUCGAAAAAUUGGCCGGAGGGUAUAGCAGAUACGAAUAUUUUGUUUGGUCGGGAAGUGGUUCCUGGCAACAUCCGCAAGGUCCCGAUUCAAUUGGUCGUUGGCUCGGAGGACAAUAAGGUGCACGGGGGCGAAGCAUUCUGGACUUGUGUAGCCUUGGAGAAAAUCGCGGUUGUCAUCACCAUCGCCGCCAGUGCCAAGACCCCCACAACGACGUCGUUUGCUGGUCAGCAUUCCUAUCUCAUCAACACCCAUUCACCCGCUACACACCGACCCACAGCUAUCAUCUGCAGCUCCAACCAAAGUGCCACGCGUGUAGCAAUGAGCGAAGCCACUCGAGGUCAAGGUCGACGGAAGGCCCCCAUUAAGCGUACCUCGAUGGCGUGUACGGCGUGUCGUCAAGUCAAGCUGAGGUGCAAUGCCAUGGAUUGCUUUCCAGCGCCCUGUACUCGAUGUACGAAGCAGAAAAUAAAUUGCAAAUUUGACCCGAAGUUCAAACGCGAGCCUGUUCGCGGGUCACUGCAGAAGAUUGCGAGAGAAAACGAAAGGCUGCGAAGCUUGGUGAAUGAAGCAGAAAUAUCACCUUCCCAUUCACCUACAGAGGCAGCCUUGAAGGCAGUUUGUACCGAUAAUGGAGCUUCAACUUUUCAACAGGAAGCCUCGCCCAUCGACAAAACGAAGUCCAAGUUACCCACCCCCAGGGAAAUCGAAGGUGUUCGCCUCGAUGCAAUUACAAUUUUGGCACUCUUUGAGCACUUCGCCGCUCACUACCUGCAUCAUCUGCCGAUUCUCGAUCUCACGAAAUCAAUUGACUUAAUAUGGAGUGAGAACUUACUUCUAUUUUGGACAAUUGUCAUAACAUCAGCCAGCAAGCACCCCCAGCACUCGAGCUACUUUGGGCCUCUCCAAGUACCAUUCAAAAAUCUUCUCUCGGAAUAUCUAGUCAGCUCUAUUCGCUGCAUAUACACAGUCCAGGCUUUGUUGAUUCUAUCUCUUUGGCCUUUCCCGGUUGCCAAGCAGCAGGACGACCCGAGCUGGGAGUACAUUGGCUUGGCCAUUGCAGCAAAUUUGAAACUGACGUCCGUUGAUUCCCAGACGAACUGGCCCGGAUCAAAUCCAUUAUUGAUUGAUGAGAGUGAGCGACAGCAGACUUGGCUGGGCUGUUUUGCAGUCAGCACCGAAAUUUCUGCAGCUCUUGCUUUGCCGCCUCCCAUGGGAAUGGUAUCCCAGAGUAUGCCCAAAAUUAGACAUGCAGUCCGAUCUAGCUUGUCCAGUGAUUUCUCAGCUCUUCUAGAUAUCCAGGACUAUGCGACUAGGGAAGCGGCACUCCUUAACAACCCGUCCGCGACCCAGGCCCAGAGGUCUUUCAUCGAGCUGCUGGAAAGGGAUUUGGCUGCAAUAGAAGCUCGCAUGCCAGACAAACCCCACCCGAAAAUUCGGAUCGGAUGUCUUGCUGCUCGUCUUCGUUUAUAUGCUCUGCCCUUACUAUCUCAACUAUCAUCGGACGGUCAAAAGCGAAAAGCCAUCGGCAUGUCAAAGGCUUUCUGGUAUAUGGGAUUUCACUCGGCAAUCGAAAUCACGAACAUUUUCGGCCACUCCGAGUAUACGAUUGUAGACAUGUCCAGAAGCUCUACCGAACAGAGAGUCGAUGAAUUCUUUCCAAAGUAUUACUUCCAAAUUUUGAUCAUGGCCGGCAUGUAUUUGAUCAAUAUUCUGGCCUUUGACAACGAAAUGUCUGCUGAAGACAAGAAUUUGGCACGGAAUCACAUCAAGAAGGUCUAUGAAACACUUACGAGCUGGUCACGAGAACCCAGAGACGAAGCGGCACGCGUCGCGAGAGUGAUUGACCUGCUCUCUCGCCACGUGCAAACAUCCGAUUUGUCUUCCGAGCUACAGCCAACCGCCCAUUUAACGCCCCCAGCUAGUACGAUAACCAGUGGAAUGUGGAUGGCGGGUCAAUUACGGAGCAAGUUCUUCUCUUCCUGGUUGCAACCUACUGAGCCGACUCCCGUCUGGGCAAACGAGUCAUCCGAGUUUCCGACUGGCCUUGAACCAGAAAUGUUUGAGGAUGAUUUACUAGAAUGGAAUACCUGGCUGGCAAACCUGGAUAGCAUUCUCGCAAACCCCUCAGCAAUGGCAGAUUUUGGAGCAGAUUAG